AUGUUUUUGUUGAUUGUAGCAAUCAGAGCUGAAUCAGAGGUUUAUAAAGCAAUGAAAGCUGGUUUUCCAUGCAAGAUAUGUCAUUCAUUACAUAAAAGAAUGCAUGAUGUCGAUCCAACAAAAAUAAACAUCUCUCGUGAUUCGUUUAUAAAAGAAUGCAAUUCGAUGCCGAUGUCAACACGAGGUCUUUGUCAUAUCAUCGCACUUGAUUGGUAUGAUCACAUUCAACAAAACAAAGACGUUCAAAAUGCUUGUUCUUUUUCAUGUGACUCAACAGUUCGAAAGAUCAAAACACGCAAACAAGAUAAACAAAAACCACGAUCACGUCCUCGUAGUCUUUCACUCUUUAAUUAUCAAGAUGAUAUCUGCCUUGCCUGCAGAAGUACAAUACAGUGUAUAUUAGACAUGUUUCCUGAAAUUGUUGCCGGAAUGCCUGAAGAUCAAGCAAAUCCGCUUUACGAUGCUUGUAUGAAGGUCCCAAUGUUUGAAGAUAGAUGUCAUCUUCUCACGCAAGAAAAAGUUUCAAGGGUAUAUAGUUAUAUUUCACAAAAUAUUUCUCCUUAUGAAUUUUGUUCAAUGUUUAAACAAUGCUAA